UGUCAUCGUCCGGUUUGGGUCCCCGAAUUGCGGAUGGAGAGUUGAUUUAUCUGGUUUAAAUUUGUCUAAACGUUUUCAUAUCUGUCGCCCUUUUUAUAUUCGAUUACUAUCACUUGUCUUGGUGGAGUAAACCGGAGUGUUUACCAUGUCUCUCUUCCGCAGUUGCAGGACUGCCUCUGUGCAAGCCCGUGGCUUCACCUCCUCGGCCUCUCUUCGAAUCGGACCAGAGUCGCCCAAUUUCGUCGACGUCCCUCGUACCAUUCAGCCAGACCUUCCUUCAAAGCAACAUGUCAAGGGUACCCUGCCUGUUCCUCGCGAAAUCUUCCCCGUUCGCCGAGCGGACAAGCCGUCCGAGGAGUAUAUUGCUGCCGCAACACCCCUUCCUUCUAAAGAAACCAAAGUCGACCCGAACGAUCCCCAUGCCCAAUAUAUCAACUGGAAGCGCCGAAUGGCAGAGAUGAGGAGACAAAACCUCAGAGAAGGUCUUCUGGAACUGCACACCCGGAAGCAGCGGACGGAUAAGUCGAUGAUGCAGCGGAGUGUCGAGAAGCAGAAACGGCGAGAGCGCAUUUUCCGGCAGCCAGAGAGAGAGGAUGAGCGAUUGACCCGUCCUUCGGUCAUCCAGGAGAUGCUCCCUAAGCGCACCCCGGUGCUGCCAGACCCCAACCGGGAAGAGCGUCUCACUAUCUCCAAAGCUCGAUUGGAGGCUACGAACGCCCAGAAACAAGCGGAGCAGCAGGACUCUCUGCAAGCGCUGUACAUGAAUGCUCGGAACUUUAUCACUACCGAAGCUCAGCUCGCAGCUGAGAUCGACCGCGUCUUCCCUGAGGGUGAGAACGAAGCUUGGCGCAAUGACCACCAGCAGGGCGAGAACGUCUGGAACUUGGGUCUACCCCCAACCGUCCAGUCUAUCGUCAACGAGUCCAGGAAGAGUGAGGCAGCUCGCUGGGAUCUUAUCCAGGGUAGAGUCAAGAAGUUGGGUGAGCAGAUCACAGGGGGCAAGUUGUGAAUAUCAUGAGUUGCGCUUAGAACAUUGUAUAUUACUCCAAAUUAUUGAGCUGAUCCUCUUUCUUUUUUGUACACCUAGUCUUAGUCGACAUUGGCAGCAAUAUUUUUG